UAUAGCAUUAGCAAAUCAAGAAGAGGAAGGGGGAAGGGGAAGGGGAAGGAGAAGGAGAAGAAAAAAAUAACAUGGAAAAAGAGAAUGCACUCUAAAUAAAACACACAGAGAUUGUUAUAUAUUAGUAUUUUAAAGAAAGAAGGGAAGGGGGAAAAAGAAUUCGAUGGACGCUGCGAGCAAUCCAACCCCAAACCCCGACACCAAUCAACAGCUGUUGUGGCGCUGGAUUUCUCUGCAAUUUGGUGGAGCAACUUGCCUAAGAGAUCAAGAGUUUGAUUUGCAUUGUAUAGCAUGCAAAUAGGUGGAUUCGGACUCCUUUGGUAUUGGAGAAAACUGUAGAUUGAGGUGGAAACAAGUUUCAUUGGUUUUAUAGUUCUGUGAAUGGUGUAGAAAUCUGCUUAUCGAGCAAUGCAGCCACAGCAGGGUUCCAGAAUCAAUUUAGGUGAUUUAAAAGCACAGAUAGUGAAGAAGAUAGGGGCUGAGAGGUCAAAAAGGUAUUUUUAUAAUUUGAGUAGGUUUUUGAGUCAGAAACUCAGUAAAAGUGAGUUCGAUAAGUCAUGUUACCGCCUUCUUGGAAGGGAGAAUCUGCCACUGCAUAAUCAGUUGAUACGUUCGAUAUUGAAAAAUGCAUGUCAGGCUAAGACUCCACCACCAGUUCAUGAAGCAGGUCCCACUAAAUCUUUGAUACAAAAUGUGAAAAGUUAUGUUGGUAGAGAUGAUGGGCAUGAGCCAACUGGAUCCCUUGUACCCAACCAGAAUCCAAACAUGGCCAUUUCUUCUAAUGGGGUUUUGCUAAUGUCAUCCCUCCAAAAGGUUAGAUCUGGAAUACAUGAUAGGAAGCUCAGGGAUUGGCCCAGCCCACUGGGGCCAAAUGGAAAGGUUGAGAGUUUCUCACAUCAAUCCAUGGGUACUGAAGACAAUGGCAAUAACUUGGGUCUGGAAAAUGGGCAUUUGACACCCUAUGAUUAUCGGCGACCAUUGCAGUAUCUUCAAGCAAUUGCUGAGCAGCCUGUAAUUGAAAGAGAAGGUUUGGGGUGUUCCACAGGAAAACCAAGGGAGCUUAGUAAAGGUCUGACUGAAGGAGUUAUUGUUGAAGACGGGGAGGAGGUGGAGCAAGCCAACCACAUUGAUUUCUCUAGGAAUCCUUUGCUCGCCCCUCUUGGGAUUCCAUUUUGUUCAGCUAGUGUUGGUGGGGCCCACAAAACUCUGCCUGUGGCAAGCAGUGGCGACUUCAUUAGCUACUAUGACAGUGGCAGUUUGUAUGAUAAUGAGACAUUGAAGAAACGUAUGGAGCAGACUCUAGCAGUGCAGGGCCUUGGAGGGGUUUCAUUGGAAUGUGCUAGCAUGUUAAACAACAUGUUAGAUGUAUACUUGAAGAGACUGAUCAGAUCAUGUGUUCUUCUGGUGGGGUCAAGGCCUACACAUGAAUUGAGAAAGCACUCUGCCCACACGCAGCAGCAUCAAGGCAAGCUCGUUAAUGGUUUGUGGCCAAGUAAUCACUUGCAUAUGCAGAGUAGCUCCGGGCCUACAGAAGUUUUGCAGGAACAGGGGCAGAGGCGCUCAAUUUCUUUGCUUGAUUUUAAAGUUGCAAUGGAGUUAAAUCCCCAGCAGCUGGGUGAUGAUUGGUCAUUGCUGCUGGAAAAAAUCUGUAUGCAUUCUUUUGAAGAAUGAAUGCUCAACAAAAAAUUGUUUAUCAUGAAGCUGUUACAAUGAUAUGUUCGUUCUGGUUCAAUAUGCUUGACAAAUGUUGAAGCUCCCAUUCUGUUUACAUUUACUGACACGAACCAGAUUGCUCCCAGUCAGAUGAAGCUCUGUCCCUUGCAAGAUUAACUUAUGGGUUUGAGUGUCGGGAUGCCUGUACCCUUGCUGCAGAGCUGGGACAGGUCAAAUUAUUAUUUUUGAGCAACUGAGCUGAAGUUCUCGUAAAGGAAGUACUUGCAACUUGUUGCUCUGUUGUACAAUUAGCAUUGUUGUUGGUUGUCUUCUACAGAUCCCAAUAUUUUAUUGUAAUUUACAGCCAUUGAGGAGGAAAUCUGAGAAAGUUUUGCAGAGACACUGCCUUGUAGCUGGGUGAAAGGUAAAAUUAUGUGAAAGAGCUGCAGCCUUACUCUAUAUGUAAUUUUGGAUCUGAGAAUUUAUUGAGUUUCAAUAUUAAUAACUAAUCCAUAUCCAUUAUA